AUGACUUGCCAAGCGUUUGCUUCAUCCGACAAUUUUGUACCCUUGAAUUCUGACUCUUCUCCCUCCCUGCCUCUGAUAAUGCAUCACAGCGCAGCAGAGUGCCUGCCCGUUUCUAACCAUGCGACCAGUGUUGUCUCCACAGUCCCGUCUGUUUUGUCUUUGAUACAAACUCCUAAAUGUUCCCAACUCCAUUUUGCUGUGAUGACUUCGGGAAACGUGUCAGCAGGACUUCACUACUCUGUGCCCUCCUGUCACUAUGGAAAUCAACCCUCUACCUAUGGGGUAAUGACAGGUAGCCUGACUCCUUGCCUUUAUAAGUUCCCUGAGCAUGCCCUGAGUGCCAGCUCUUGUGCCCUGGGCCACAGCUUCACACCCAUGCACCAGACCCUCCUCAGUGAUGAUUCCACAGCUUCAGACUUCAAGCAGGAAUUCCGCAGGAAAAGCAAGUCUGUGGAAGAGCCCGUCGACAUGGAUUCCCCUGAAAUCAGGGAACUGGAGAAAUUUGCUAAUGAAUUCAAACUGCGGAGAAUUAAACUCGGUUAUACACAAACCAACGUUGGUGAAGCACUGGCUGCUGUGCACGGCUCCGAAUUCAGUCAAACUACCAUUUGCCGCUUUGAGAACUUGCAGCUGAGCUUUAAGAAUGCAUGCAAACUGAAAUCAAUACUGUCCAAGUGGCUGGAAGAAGCAGAACAAGUGGGAGCUUUAUACAAUGAAAAAGUUGGCGUGAACGAGAGGAAGAGGAAGCGCAGAACCACCAUAAGUAUUGCUGCCAAAGAAGCCCUGGAGAGGCACUUUGGAGAACAAAGCAAACCUUCUUCUCAGGAAAUCAUGAGGAUGGCUGAGGGGCUUAAUCUUGAGAAAGAAGUUGUGAGAGUUUGGUUUUGCAACAGAAGACAAAGGGAAAAAAGAGUGAAGACAAGUCUGCAUCAGAAUGCCUUUAGUUCUAUUAUCAAGGAGCACCACGAGUGCCGGUAA